UGUGCGUGACACACUGUGGCAGGCAGUGAAAGGGGUAGUCCAUCUCAGUCUGAGCUGAGUUCAUGAAAGGGAGUGAGUCUGUGGACAUGGAGGUGAUGCUGAAUGCAGUGCAGGCACAGAGCCAGGGAGAGACAGAGAGGAUGCUCCUCAGACAGAGCCCUAUGCCCUGGGAGACUCACAGCUUCUAUGAUGGCAGAGAUCUCCACAAGAGCGAGGUAAUCCUGGUGCAGGUGAACCCAGGUGAGGCCUUCACUAUACGGCGAGAGGAUGGUCAGUUUCAGUGUAUCACAGGCCCUGCUCAGGUUCCCAUGAUGUCCCCUAAUGGUUCAGUGCCUCCAAUAUAUGUGCCUCCUGGAUACGUUUCACAGAUCAUAGAGGAGAAUGGAGUUCGACGUGUUCUGGUCUUACCUCAGCAGCCAGAGUUCCACCCUGGGGGCCACUCCCCCCUGCACCACCCCCCUCCUCCACCCCACGCCCACCUGCCCGCCUUCAUCCCCCACCCCGCCAUGUUGCCCCCCCCACCCCACCUCUACACAGGCAUGGCGGGGGACAUGAGCUCCCAGUAUAUACCACAGUACCACCCGGCACACAUUUACUCAGAGCAGGUCUCGGCAGAUUCUCAUUCCCCACACGGACGCCCGCCGCCGUUCGUCCACCGCGACGAAAGGGCCAGCAAGACCUACGAGCGUCUGCAGAAGAAGCUCAAGGAGCGGCAAGGGGGAGAGAGAGGAGGAGGAGGUGGUCAGAUGAAGGACAGCCCCCCUCCCUCGCCACAGAAGAGUCGAAGCAGCCCCCCCUCCAUGGACAGUAUCUACAAUGGGGUGGUUGGAGGAGGGAAGGGGCUGGAGGCUGAACUGGGACAGGGACAGACCAGCACCACCGCCAAGCAGAUGGAGAAAGAACCUGGAGACAUGGAUAAAGACGCUCAGCUCCUACAGGCCCUGUUGAACACUGUCAGUAAACCAGUGGUGACAGACAUCCAGGCCAAAGGAGCAGUGUUGAGCUGGGUGGCCCCCAGCACGGCAGAGGGAGAGGGGGUCAGCCCCUCCCCGGAGCCUCUCAGUUACGAUGUGUCCAUCUCCUACAGCGGCAAGGACGGGAAGUACACCAGCAUGUACAGUGGUGAACAACUAAGUGUAACUUUAGAAGACCUGAGGCCAGCAACGGACUACCAUGUCAGGGUCGUGUGUUCAGGGCAGUGUUUACGCGGCAGUCCGUCGGAGGCAGUAGCCUUCACCACUCGGAGCUGCGAACCAGACCCCCCCGGCCCCCCCAGAAAGGCCAGUGGCUCCAAGAGCAGCACCCUCGUCCUUCAGUGGAAGGCCCCGUGUGACAACGGCUCCAAAAUCCAGAACUACACGCUCCAGUGGGACGAGGGGAAGGGGACCGGGGGUUAUGAGCAGUGUUACUAUGGACCUCAGAAGCAGUAUCGGGUCACCAAGCUCUCUCCAGCUUCAAGAUACUCCUUCCGCCUCGCAGCCAAAAACGACAUGGGUACAAGUGAGUUCUCCGAGACAGUGGACCUGUAUACCUCGUGCAGCGUACCCUCCCCGCCCCUCCCUCCAGAGCUGGUGAAGGCAGGGGUGACCUGGUUGUGUCUGACCUGGCAGAGACCAUCCACUUCCCCCAAGGAGGACGAUAUCUUCUACAGCCUGGAGAUGGAUGAGGACGAGGGUUAUGGCUUCCAACCCAGCUAUGAUGGUGAUGAGCUAUCCUGCACUGUCAAGAACCUGCACAGGAGCACCACGUACAAGUUCAGGGUGGCAGCCUACAACACUGAGGGAAAGAGUAACCCCAGUCAGGUGGCAGAGUUCACUACCUGUCCAGACAGACCAGGAGGACCAUGUAGACCUGUCAUCAGAGGCAGGGUACUGCCCAAUUCCUUCAGACUGGCAUGGGAACCUCCUAAAGAUAAUGGAGGGGCGGAAGUGACCAAAUAUGUGGUGGAGAUAUCUGAGGGACUAAGCGGUGUGUCGUGGGAGCUGGCGUACAGUGGUCCAUCCAUGGAACAUGUGUGUGAGGGGCUGAAGCCAGGCCACUCCUACCAGACCAGAGUUUACUGCAUGAGUGAGGGGGGGCAAAGCCCACUGUCAGAGACUCUGCAGAUCCAGACUCCCGCGGUGCCCCCGGGGCAGUGCCAGCCGCCCCGCGUGGUGGGCAAGCCCAAGGCCAGAGAGGUGCAGCUACGUUGGGGACCGCCGUGCGUGGGUGGUGGCAGCCCGGUGUCGGUCUAUAGUGUGGAGGUGUGUGGCGCUGGUCCUCAGGGGUCAACGGGUCAAGAGGAGGUCAGGGAGGUGUACCAAGGUUCGGAGGUCGACUGCACCGUGGGUAGUCUGCUGCCGGGACGGACGUACAGCUUCCGCCUUCGGGCCGCCAACAAGGCUGGGUACGGACCCCUGUCAGAGCAUUGUGAGGUGACCAUGGGCCCCGGGGCUCCAGAGCCCUGCAAGGCCCCUCACAUCACCUGCAAGUCCCCUACUGUGGCUGUGGUCAGCUGGGAGGCUCCAGCAUGUAACGGGGGGGUCGUCUCAGAGUACCGUGUGGAGUGGGGGGCAGCGGAGGGCGCCAUGCAGGUGUGUUUCAGCGGUGCCAGCCUCGCCCACGAGGUCAAGGGACUGCUGCCCGCCACCAACUACUUCUGCCGGGUUCAGGCUGUGAACGUGGCUGGCGUAGGUCUGUUCAGCGAGGCUGUCCUCUGUCAAACUCCUCCUUCUGUACCUGCGGCCGUCAGCAGUGUCCAUGCCCUCAAAGAGGCGGAGCUACGGGGAUACCACACCUCCACUGACCAGGAGGAAGAGGAAGAGGAGGAGGAGGAGGAAGAUGGACGCCCCACGCCUCCUCUCUACUCCCCCUCCACUUGUCUAGCUGUUGGUUGGGAGCCGCCGUGCGACCACGGGGCUGAGAUCUCCUCCUACCUCAUAGACCUGGGAGAGAGACAGUCCAUCUCUGUCGGACCAGUCACCAAGUAUAUCAUUCAGCAUCUGCAACCGGACACCAGCUACAGGAUUCGUAUCCAGGCUCUGAACAACCUCGGAUCAGGUCCGUUUAGCCACACCUUUAAGUUGAAGACCAAACCUCUCCCUCCCCAGCCCCCCCGGCUAGAGUGUACUGCGUUCAGCCACCAGACCCUCAGGCUGAAGUGGGGUGACGGACCGGCCAAGGCCACGCCCUCAGACGCCCUCCAGUACCAGCUGCAGACGGAGGACAAGAGAGGCAGGUUUGUCUCCUUGUACAGAGGGCCCUGCCACACUCACAAAGUCCAGCGACUCAAUGAGUGUACCUCGUACAUGUUCCGCAUCCAGGCCUUCAACGAGGCGGGCCAAGGUCCCUUCUCCACGGUUUACACCUUCACCACCCCCCGCUCGCCCCCCGCCCCUAUUAAAGCUCCCAGAGUGGAGCGUGUGGAGGACAUGUCUUCAGUCUGUGAGGUGAGCUGGGAGCCCCUGCUGCCCAUGAAGGGAGACCCCAUCAUCUACACGGUGCAAAGCAUGAUGGGUAACUCUGAGUACAAACAGGUGUAUAAAGGUUCUGCUACGACCUACCAGAUGCCCGGCCUGCAGCCCAACAGUGAGUACCGCUUCAGGGUGUGUGCCAUCCGCCAGUGCCAGGAUGCUCCAGAGCUGAGUGGUCCCUACAGCCCCACGGUGACGCUCUCCCCCCAGCGCAGUGAGCUGUCAGCGGGCAGUGUGAGCAGUGUGGGCCCCCGGGCUGGAGCUGACCCCGCCAGGCCCUUAACAGAUGAGCAGUGGGCUGCUCUCAUCAUCAUGCUCUGCGCAGUCAUCUCCAUCCUCAUCGCUUUCAUCAUCCAGUACUUUGUUAUCAAGUGAGCUUGUAUCUCCCUUGUCCUUCUCCUCCGUCUCCUCCUCCCCAGUUCCUCCCUUGUCCUUCUCCUCCAAGCUGCAGGGUUACAGCUUUAAUUUCCUGUUGAUGUUGUAGUUUAUUUCUGUUGUCACCUCUGGGUUGAUUAUGAUUAGCACCGGUGAGGGAGUCCAGGAGGCAGGAAGUCCAGAGGAAAUGAUAGCGUCCUGUCUUCCCCCUCCCUAACCUCCCUUUACAGAAGCCUCUCAAUGUUUAACAAGACACCGCUGUGUUUCGUUACCCUGCACAGAAUAGAGUACCACAUUAUGAGUCAUAAUUACCCAUAACACCUAGAGGUCAAACAGGGAAAUGGUUCCAAUUGUUUUUUUGUUUUUUUCACAUAGUGGAUUUUUAGAAACACUUAAAAUAAGGGCUGUGUUUGCGUGGAGGCUUGCCCUGUUGUGCCGUUUUGAUAACCCCUCUCGUUCAGACAGAGUGACUUUCGUCAAUAUAUUCACCUUUAUUUACCCUGCAAAACGUAAAUGCUAAUUAGCUGCUAAUGUGGCUAUCAUAAAGAACUACAAAUACCAUGAUGAUCUGGACGAGACUGCCGAAUCUAAUUAACUAUCUAUUGUUAGCUUAAAUGUAGUAAUGAAUAAAUUGGCAAAAAAAUAAUAAUAAAUGGACAAUUCUGACAACUGUCUUGUGCAAGUUUUUAAAUUGACCCAAAACACCUGUUAGCUACGGUGUCAGCUGGAGAUGACGUGCAGGAGCAUGCUGGGAUUUUUUGUCAUUUUGCAUGUUGUCUACUUUGAUGCUAGUUAGCAUUUUCACAUCUGAGAGUAAAAUGGAGCCGAAAUAUAUUGAUAAAAGUCCUAGAGAAAUGUACAGGGUUAUCAAAAAUGUCCCGCCGGGCUAAGCCGACACAAAACACAGCCCUUCGUUUGAAGUGUUUCUAAAAAUUACAAAAAAAAACCUAUGAACGGUGGAAAUACUAUUGGAACCAUUUCCCUGUUUGACCGCUAGGUUUUAUGGGUAUUGGUAUUGUGACACCUCCACCGUGAGGCUCUAUACUUCAUUGUGAUUGGUUAACCUGUACAGAAUGGAUAAUGAAGGAGCAGGGUUUUACAGUUAACAGAUAAAUUUCACUCACCAUGUACGUGUCUAGAUGAUUCAUUUAUUUAUAUCGGUGGUUAAAAGGGUCCAGUAUGAAACUAUGUUUAGUAUAUAGGUUUAUAUUAUAUAGCAUAUGUGCUGUUUGGACCUGGGACCUGAUCUGGCCAGUGUUUUGCACAGAAACGCACGAUACACAGGUGUAGGUGUAACUCUUAGCAGGCCCAGCAGUAACUCUUAGCAGGCCAACCUGGGGUAAUGGUGGGCUCAGCAGUAACUCUUAGCAGGCCAACCUGGGGUAAUGGUGGGCUCAGCAGUAACUCUUAGCAGGCCAACCUGGGGUAAUGGUGGGCUCAGCAGUAACUCUUAGCAGGCCAACCUGGGGUAAUGGUGGGCUCAGCAGUAACUCUUACUUAGCAGGCCAACCUGGGGUAGUGGUGGGGUAAUGGUGGGGUAAUGGUGGGCGACGUGCUCGCGGGAAAUGGGAAGCUGGGAAACGGUACGUCUGUGACAGGAUCAAUAAGAUUCAAGCUGGCUUUGAUAGGCUUGCUGACGUCGCUUAUAAUAAAGUUAGCUAGGUUAACGUUGACAAAUAUGGUCAGACUAGCUACAUUUAUCCAAAUUGAUACGGUUGUAAUUGUCAGAAACCAAAAUCUUGUUGUCAUUUGUUUUGGUUGGAAAAGGUUUUCAGGUACAGUGGUGAAACGUCUCAACUCGAGUAACAUCAUUUUCUCAAGAGUUUCCCCGCGUGUAAGUCCGACUUGAAUCUAAGUCCGACUUGAAUCUAAGUCCGACUUGAAUCUAAGUCCGACUUGAAUCUAAGUCCGACUUGAAUCUAAGUCCGACUUGAAUCUAAGUCCGACUUGAAUCUAAGUCCGACUUGAAUCUAAGUCCGACUUGAAUCUAAGUCCGACUUGAAUCUAAGUCCGACUUGAAUCUAAGUCCGACUUGAAUCUAAGUCCGACUUGAAUUUAAGUCCGACUUGAAUUUAAGUCCGACUUGAAUUUAAGUCCGACUUGAAUUUAAGUCCGACUUGAAUUUAAGUCCGACUUGAAUUUAAGUCCGACUUGAAUUUAAGUCCGACUUGAAUUUAAGUCCGACUUGAAGGUCAUUCAAGUGAAAUUUCCAAACUGUGAACUGGGAACUUCCGAUAACUCCGAUUAGCAUGUGAACACAGCAACAGUUUAAGGAAGUGGCUGGGCGAGUGGGUGGGGGGGAGGUCAGAGGUCAGGUGUACCACAGAGAUACCUAGGAAGGGGGAAGUGGCCACCACGCCUUCUGUAGUUUAUAUAAAGGGUUAAAUAGAGAGGAAGAAUAUAUAUCCAAUUCUUGUUUGCAUUAUAGAAUGUUCAUUUAGCACUUUCUGAUUUUGUUGAUGUUCAGAGGGGCGUAGGGACGCAGAAGUUGACUGGAGAAAUGGUAGUAUAUUUUUGUAUAGUGAAGACACAAGGACAUGUUAGUUGUUGGGAGAAGUUAAUCGCUCAGAAGUAGAGUUUAGGGGAAAAUAAAACACAUAAAACCAAACUAACACAAUGAUGAUGAUGAAUAAUUCUAAUUAUUUUUACUAUCAUAUAGUUAUACUGUAGCUUGUAUUCACAAUCAUGCAGAAUAUUUUUUGUUUUUUGUUCUUCUGCACAAAACAUGUACUUCGCUUACUAUAUCCAUAUUCUCUGUGUUUUUGUGUGUUUUUUUUUCACUACUUAAUUUUGCACCUUAAGUGAAAGAGGAAACCUUGACUGAAUGUGUCUUGGUUUUGUUAUCCAUUUUAUAGAACUACGUAUUUUCAGAUUGUACCAAGCCCUACUGGUGUUUUGGGUGUUUUAAAAAGUUCCAGUACCUAACCACAUGACGCGUUGUCAUAGUAACAACAGAUGGUUUUUCUCCCGAUGGUUUCAGACCGGUUUGUUGUUUUCAGAGGAUUAAAGAAAACAAAAACUUGGAUGCAUUUUCUUAAUUUCUCUUUUUUUUUAUUUUUAUUUUUUUUUUAUUUUUUAGAAAACACAUUUUGUUUUUUGUUUAUUUUAUUUUUUUUAGCAAUAUUGAUUUGAUGUUAUCUAACCUAUAAUACGUAUAGUAUCAAUCAUGAUGAAAUUAAAUAGUUGUAUUUGGAGGAUA